CCAGCGGGGGCUCCAGCGAAGGCUCCAGCGGGGGCUCCAGCGAAGGCUCCAGCGAAGCCACCAGCGAAGCCACCAGCGGGGGCUCCAGCCAAGCCUGCUCCCAAGUCUCCUUCCAAGACUGCUCCUCCAAAGGCUCCUGCUGCUGCCAAACCUCCUGCUAAGGCACCCGCACCUGCCAAGGCUCCUGCAAAGCCUGCCCCUGCAAAACCUGCUCCUGCAAAAGCGCCCCCCAAAGCAGCUCCCAAAAUGCCCGCCAAAGCUCCUGCUACUGCUGCGCCGAAAGCUCCAGCGAAAGUCCCUCCCAAAGCCCCUGCUAAUGGCGCUGCUCCAAAGGCACCUGCUAAAGCGCCUCCUGCUGCAGGAGCGAAGAAGCCGCCGAAAGCUGCCCCGAAGACUCCAGCAAAGGCCCCUGGCAAGGCUCCAUCCGCGCCGAAGGCUGGGGCAAGUGCUCCAGCGGCGCACGCACCAGCUGCCACACCAAAGAAACCGGUAACGCCUGCUAAAGGCGGUGCCGCAGCCAAACCUCCGGCCGCUACUGGCAAACCCGGCGCCGCUGCUCCCGCACCUAUUGCGGGCCAUGCUGCGCCCAAACCUGGAACACCCAAAGAACCUGUCAAGAAACCGGCUCCUGGACACGGGGCACCCGCCGCUGGUGCACAAGGAACACAUGCAGAUGGAGAAGAGGCACAAGAGACUGCCGGUUCUGCAUCUUCGCCAAAUCCGGCUGCGCCAGUCAAUGGUGGAGGCGGGAAACCUGGGGCAGUGUCCCCCGGACACAAGCCACCCAAGGGUAGCGGGGCUGGUGGCAAGCCUGACUCGGCACAUCCAGGUGCCAGCGACGGAAGUGUAGUUGGGGGGGCGGGUGUGCCAAAGGCUCCGCCUAAAGCGCCUGCGAAACCAUCGCAAGGCGCUGCUCCUUCCAAGACUAGCGUGUCUCUUGCUAAAUCACAUUCCGCGUCACCCCAUGGCCAUGCCAGUACCGCCACCACACCAGCCCCACAAAAGCACCCGAAGGGUCAAAAGCACCAUUCCCAUGAUUCAGAGACGCACCAUAGCACUGAACACCAGAAGCAUCAUGUCGAACAUGAUCAAGAAUUCCAUUCCUCGUCCGUGUGGCCGAAGCAUCAUAAUCACUAUGGAAAGGGGCAUCAUGACCACCACGGGCAGAAGCACACUGGUCAUGAUGGAAACAAGCAUCACGGCGACCGCAAGCACCACGGUGAUCACAAGCAGCACACGCACCACGAGCCGAAACAUGAGAAUCACCACGACUCGCAUGGUCAUCACAGUCAUCAUGUGCCGAACCAUCACUACGGCCAUCACGCGCCGAAGCAUCACGGCCAUCACAGGCCAAAGAAGCUCGAUGGUGACUAUGACAAGGAGCAUGGCGGUCACAAAGCACACGGAAAUCACAACGAUCACAAGGAGCACGAAGACCAUGAGGGUCACAAAGGCCACAAGGACCACAAGGGCCAUAAGGGCCACGAGGAGCACGAAACCCACGAGGGUCACAAGGGUCACGAAGAUCACAAGGGUCACAAGGGUCAGAAGAGCCGCAAGGAUCACAAGGGCCACAAGAAGCACGACGAUCAUGAGGGUCACAAGGGUCACAAGGGCCACAAGGGUCAGAAGAACCACAAGGAUCAGAAGGGCCACAAGGACCAUAAGGACCACGAGGAACAUGAGGGCCACGAGGAGCACAAGGGCCACAAGGACCAUAAGGACCACAAGGAACAUAAGGGCCACAAGGAGCACGACGAGCACAAGGGACACAAGGACCACGAGUCAGCAAAGCACGAAGGUCACCAGAAGCAUGGCGAACAUGGAAAGAAGGAGCAUGGUAACCAUGAAAAGAAAGGGCACGGAAAGAAGGAUCAUGAAGGUCACUCGGAGAAGCACUACGGAAAAUCCCAGCACCAGCGAGAAGGCGGCCGACACGACAAGCGAUCAUUUGGUGGGACGCCUCAACUCCUGUUGUCGUCAUCCUCGACGAUUAUCGAUGAAGAUUACCUGCUCAGCAUUGCGGCCAAAAAUGCGAACCAAACUGCUCAGUCACCAUCGAGUUGGCUCUUGAUGGAUGGCCUGUACGACACUGUGGUGUGGGGCAUCGAGAAUGGCCUCAGCACGCUCCGCAGUGACUUGCUCUCGCCCGCCUUCCACCCUAUCUCGAUGGAGCCUAACACUGACUGGAUGAUUCCCGUCGAGACGGUCUUUGAGAACCCCUUGGCGAAAAAGGAAGCGAGCGACUUCGCAGGCGUAUCGCUGGACCUUCUCCAAGAGGCGACCGAAGUAGCGGCGGCGGUGACCGCGACGGUGGCAGCCACAUUCUUGCAGAGCGACGCCGUUCGUGCACGCUGCGCGCAACCUGAGGGUGAUUUUGGAUACUUGAUCGAGCGGGGAGAUUACGUUGGUUUCAAGCGGUUGCUGGCCCACCACGUCUUUGACUCGCUUGCCGACUUUCUUGAUUACUAUACACCUCAAUUACCAUCCAACUUGGUGGAACGCUUGGCAAUCUUGUCGGCGCACCGAAUAUUUCAAUCUUUCGACCUGGCCACAUGGCAGUCGUUGUUCUCUACCACAUGCUCUUUGCGUCAUCUCGAGACUUACUUGUAAUUUGACGUCUACCUCAUUCCCUCCAAGACUCAGAAUGUUGAUACCCAUAAUUUGUAAAUUAUGCUGCGGACGACCAUCGGAAACGUCUGCAAGGAAAACAAGCCUCGGCAGAAGGAAAGAGCGGCGGCUUCAGAUGUACCUGCACGGCCAUGCUUCUAGUUUGAAUCCUGCGUCCCAAGCCAU